CGGUGUGAGGGACGGGCGCCAUCUUGGAUCCGGUGUGAGGGAUGGGCGCCAUCUUGGGGCCGGUGUGGGAGUGGGCGCCAUCUUGAGGCUGAGGGCUCGGGGUGUCCCCGCGCUCUGCUGUGGGGAUGUCACCUCACGCCAACCGUCCCCUGGUUCCGUUCUCAGCCCUCUUUGUUCCCAGGUUGAGCCCAAGAGGCAGCGCGGCGUCCCCUCGCGCAGAGCACAAUGGCGGCUGUGUGGAGAGCGCUGAGCGCCCCGCAGCCCCGCUGCCUGCACACCGCCUGCAGCCGCCACAACUCCAACCGCACCUCCAUCACCCACCUCCGCCGCCAGGUGUACGGCCGCCUCUACCCACUGCUGCUGGUCCGCACUGAUGGCUCCACCAUCCACAUCCGCUACAAGGAGCCCAAAAGGAUCCUCAUGCUGCCUGUGGACAGCAGCACGCUGCCUGAGGCAGAGCGCAAGGCCCGGCUGCGGCGGCAGUUCCCCGGCAAGCUGCAGGCCAAGCAGGAAGAGGCCUUGGAGGAGCUGGACUUGGAGAAAUACAAGAAAUUUUGGAAGAAGUAAGGCACCGAUUUGGGAUCACCCCCCCACCAAGACUCCCUACCAAGCGGUGGCUGAUGAACACAGCUAUAGAAAUAAAGAGAAGAGCAAUUUUGUUAAGAA